AUGCUUUUCGGGAAUGACACGAUGCAUGAAAACAAUACGAUGCCUCGGCUGCAGGUUUGGGUGAUCAUCAACCCGACGAGUGGCCAUGGGCGGGGUAAAGUGCUGCUGCAUAGCAUUCAGAAAGCGCUGUGGAGGGAAUUUCGCGACUGCGUUACUCGCGUCCAUGCCGCUAGUAAAUUUAUGUCAGGCAGUGACGCUGAAGAUUCGGUUAUGCGGAACGGUGACACUCUACAGGGAAGCCCAUUAAGUGCAGCACGGCCACCGGAGUUCUCCGAUGGACAACCGGAACAGGCGGGGUCCAACACAGACGAAGAAUCGAUGCGUUAUAAUCGUGGCGGCGGGGUGCAGGUGGAUAUUAUUGUCACGGAGCAUAACACACGUGGACAGGAGAUUGCCGAACAUCUCACGAAGACAGCGGUAGCCUCUCGUCUACGCCGUUGUCUUGAAAAAAAAACAGCAGCAGAUGCAUCGACGUUAGCGGUCAUAAAUAAUGAAAAAAAACAAUUGGAUUUACUUCAUGUCUUUGUAGCCGUUGGAGGGGAUGGCUCCCUAAAUGACGUUGUGAAUGGUCUCUGUCGUGGCACCCUGGGGGCGUUUCGAGAAAUUAUACCAACUUGUGUGAAAACUGAUACGACCUUCACAGGCGAGCUGGACUCAGUGCGGUAUUACUGGCAAUCCCUUGAAGACAGAUCCAUACUGCGGCACUUUCUUCCACCUCUAAUUUAUAUUUUGGCUGGUACGGGCACGGACUUUGCUAGAUUGAAUUUAUGCUGCCGCGAUGAGCAAGAGUUCGUGAAUCUCUUGCGCGGCCUCUGGGGACAGCCUACACCGUGUUCAUCACCGGCAUUGUCGGAGAACGUAGUAAAUGGUGCAUAUCGCAGCACCACCACCAGUAACUGUAAUAAUCAUGGGUCUAAUAGUACCCGUGGGCGAUAUAGCAGAAUAAACGAAAAUAAUGCUUUGACUUCACUUGGAUUUGACGUUUAUGAUGUGGAUGUGGGACGUGUCUCGUUUCCUCGCAGCGGAAGAAGUUAUUUUUUCAUAAAUGAAUGCUCAUGUGGACUCUCUUGUGACGUCAUAGAGAAGUGUGAAAAUUAUAAAAGAAGCAAAAUUCUUUCCCUGGCAGGAGGCAGGAUCAUGUUUGCCGUGGCGUCCAUAGUCUCUGUGUUUCAGAUAAGACCCAAGCCUUUUCGUUUUGUUCCCCUUCCCGAAGUUGCUUCACUGCCUUCCAACAGACUCAACCCGCGCCGCAUCGCCAAUGAAAUGCUACACCCGCACAUCCUAAUGAAUGACGCGGCGAUUCAAGGGGUGCAGCGUGAUCUUCAAUGGGUGAAAACGUCUGUAGGGGUGGAGGCACUUCCAGCAAUGGAGCCACUUCGUUUUGGAGCAAACUACUACGCCUAUGACGCUAAGAUGUUGCUUGUCGCCCCCGAUCAUGCUGCUCCUGCCAAUACUGGGGAAGCUGUCAUCAAUCCAUUUUAUUCCGAUCAAUGUUGUAGGGACGCUAAGACGCCAGAGGAAAUUAUUGCCGCCAUAAAUGACACAGACGUGCCUGGCCGAUGGAUUUGCUUGAAAUCAUCAGUUUUGGCCUUUGCCAACGGGCGGUGGUUUGGCGGGGGUUUGCAGGUGGCACCGCAUGCCAAUCCCACAGACGGUCAGCUGAGCGUAACAAGUUGGUUUGCGGGGUUUGGCAAAUUUGUCUCGCACAUCCCCUCAUUGUAUUCAGGUAACCACACGCACUGGCCGUUUACGACGAUAUGGAACGCAACACGCACCAUCAUAGACGUGGACACGCGCUCAUAUCACCAUUCCGCCGCGAACAAUUCAGCUUCACGCACUGAAUUAUUGAUGGCAAGCUGUGAGACAGACGGCGAAAUACGGGAGCGACUUCCGGCUGUUAUUGAGAUGUGUUCUGUUGUGACCAUGCUUGUACCUAAAGGCAGGGCCACGCGCACAAUGUGUAACAAGAAUUAUGGCACAGGUGUGAACGGGAGGGCUCGUUGA